CAAGCAAACCUACGCAACGUAUGACACAUCGUCAUUGUUGUGAUGCCCGCGCUCUCGUGCCCGCGUGUAUAUAUGUGCGUGCACGCUCACCCCGGUGUGAACAUUUAGAUCGCUUCAUGCAGUGAACCUUGUCAUACAAAGCUACAAAACCACUUCGUUGGUUUUGAACAAUUGCAUUUGCUUGACGGGUUUGUUUUGGUUUCCUAAGCUCACGUCAUAGAUAUAUUUAUAUAUAUAGAUACACACACUGCACGACUGCUGUGGGGGAAAAUAAAACUACUUUCAACAUGACGGCGCGGACAGCGUUAUUCUUCGUGGUCAUCUCUACCAUUGGCCAGACAGCGUCCGAGAAAGCGCCGGACAUUCCACUGGCCAGGCGAUCGCCCGUGGUUUUGAAAAACAACGGCUACGAUGGAUUAUUAAUUGCCAUAGGAGACGCUGUUCCCCAAUCUGACCAGCUUUUAAAGAACCUUAAGACGUAUUGGACCGAGGCAUCACGUGCACUUUACUUAGCUACGCAAAAACGGGCCUACUUCAGGAACAUUACGAUACUGGUCCCCUCCACGUGGUCUGCUGCCGGCGAGUUCCGCGAAGCAACCACGCAGGUUCUCGACAAAGCUCACGUGAUCGUGGACAAGCCGAACUCCCUGUACGGGGAUACCCCGUAUGUAAAACAGCCACGUGGCUGCGGGCAGAGAGGAGAGUACAUGCAUCUCACCCAUGACUUUAUCUUGAACAGACAGAGAACAGAGCAAUUCUAUGGAAACCCAGGAACCACUCUUGUCCAUGAAUGGGGUCAUCUUCAGUGGGGGCUGUUUGACGAGCACCCAAUGCCGGACCAUGGCUAUGGCCACUUCUACGCAGGGACGGACAGUCGCGUCAAACCCGUCACGUGCACCGAGAACGUGAAAGGCGCGUACAAAUCACGUGUUGACGGGAGCAUUUGCAAGGUGGAUCUCAGCACAUCGAUGCCCGAGGAGGAGUGCAUCUUCAUCCCCGAGGAUGUUCAGAGCGCCCCUCGUGCCUCCGUGAUGGCACACCACUAUUUGUCUUCAGUGUCGCUUUUCUGUGACAACGAUCCGCAUACAGAGGCCACGUAUCAUAACAUUGAGGCCAAGAACAAGCAUAAUGACUUGUGCUAUCAUAAAAGUGCAUGGGAAGUCAUGAGGGACCAUCCAGACUUCAAAGACGGCGCCAAUCCUCCGGCAACUUUGGACCCUACUCCCGCCUUCCAUCUGGUACAGCAUAAAGAGGUCCUCAGAGUCGUCGUUGUUAUGGACAUUUCUGGGAGCAUGCGCGAAAACAACAACCACCUAAAACUUCAGCGUGCAGUACAGCGUUUCGUGUUAAACACUGUUCCUGAGAACACUCUAAUAGGCCUGGUGGAGUUCAACGAGAAGGCAAGAAACCUCACCGUCUUGGAGAAAAUAGAUUCUCAGCACGCCCGAAUACGGCUGGCGGACAAAGUGCCGCUGAAAGCAGAAAACUACACUUCAAUUGGCAACGGAAUAAAGAAAGGAAUUGAGCUCCUAGAGUACAUGAACCGCAAUCCUGCCGGAGGGAUAUUAGUUUUGAUUACUGAUGGCAAUGAGACCAUGUGCCCCUGUUUUAAUCAUACCCUGCCCGAGUUAAGACAGAAAGGCAUCACUGUUAAUACCGUGCUUUACACUAAGAACGCCGACCACAACCUGGCCGGGUUGACGAAACAUACCAACGGAGACACUUUCUUCUACUCUGGUAAAACAAAUUCCACUGCUUUGGACGACGCCAUGACCACUUUUGUUUCUCAAAGGACAUUCUUCAGUAGCUCGGUACUUAUUCUGGUUCAAAGCGAAUCAUUAGUCGUCCCGGCGCACAGGAGCGUCGAGAGGACGGUGAACUUGGACUCAACUAUAGGGAACCGGACGACUUUCACGGUAUCUUGGGAGACGCAGACACAGGCGCAGAUAGCCAUCGAGGUGAUGGGACCAGGUUUGGACCAUUCAAUAGUCGGGGAACGCAGAGACCACUACGUUGUAGUGAUGGCGCCAAAUAUUUCAAAGCCUGGUGAAUGGACCACCAAGAUACUGAACCCCUCCAACGUGGACCAGACAGUUGUAUUUCGGGUGGAGUCACAUUCGUUGGAAGGGGUGGAGCCAAUUAAAGUGUCUGCCAAUAUCCAAACGCAGAGUAACACUUACCUAGUUAACAGCACAGACGGCCCUCCCAUUCUGUACGCUGAUGUUGGUCUUGGAUACUCACCGAUAGUGGGCGCCAGUGUCUCUGCUGAAAUUGAAACGUCGUCUGGAAUGGUUUUAAAGGUUCCGCUGUACGACAAUGGAACAGGCGCUGAUACCACAGCAGGAGAUGGUGUGUAUUCCGCCUAUUUUCUGGAUUACGUCAAGGCUACAGGAGACUACAGUGUGAAGGUCAAGGUUGAAAAUGACCUCCGAAGAGCCCGGAUGAUGGUUAAUGGAACCGCGGCAGGAGGAUCGUCUGCCAUGAGGAAAAUCUCACUCUCGCAUCCAGGAACGAUGAAGCCCGAACCCGUUGCACUUGAGAAAUUUAACAGAGUGGCACUGUCCGGAUUCUUCAAAGUGACCGGCGUUCCUAAUCUGACCAACCCUAGCACAGACAUCUUUCCCCCAUCCAGGAUUCGUGAUCUAAGAGUGGUGGAGGCAUCGCACGCUAAAUCUGUGAUCAUUUUGGAAUUCACUGCAGUAGGGGAUGAUUACCAAUCGGGGACAGCUGCAAGGUACGAAGUUCGCGUCGGUGAGAAUGUUCAACAAUUCUUUGAAAGCCUUCACAGCGUGCAAACCAUCGAGUCACAUAGCAAUUUACAGUGCGACCUCCCUCUUCCCAGCCCUGCAGGAACGCGCGAAAGGCUGGUAGUCGCCGUUAAGUCUGUGGAUGUGGACGUCAGUUACUCCUUCGGGGUACGCGCGAUGGACGAAGUUGGAAACUGGGGCGAAAUAUCAGUCAUCACAACAGCCUCUUUGAAGAACUCAUCCCAUCAAUUGUGGCCCACCCCUCCCGUCAAGACGGUUCAUUUUUACCAUCAUAUCUUUAACCACACUGCGGUGUAUAUCAGCUCUGCGACAGUAGGUGGAGUUUUCCUAAUUUGUAUAGCAAUUGGCGCCCUUCUCAUCUGCAGAUACAGACGACGGAACGGGUCCGCCGGAUCUGACGCCGACUCUAUCCAAAGAAGCGGAUCUGGAAGAUCAACGGACUCCGCGUCUUCGUGCAACUCUAAAGAAUCUCCGCUGGCGUUUGAAAACCCUGGCUAUGUGGGCGAGAAAUCUGAGCAACCAGGAAGUUUUGACGGAUUCCUGUACGAAACUCUUACGGAGCCGGAAGUGAAAAGCGGCAGUGGUUACCAGGGCAUGCCGGGAGAUCAGACCGUAAAAAUUUUGAAGCUCCAAGAUUCGGCUGAUCUGCGUCAAGUCUCCGUUGUCGAUAUGAAGUUUUAGUCCGUUCAAGCUGUUUUCUGGCCUUUUUAGACAUAUCCCAUGACCUUUAGCAAUACAUGCUACUUUUUUGCAUGCAAAUUUAAGGUCUUUUAUACAGGUACAUACACAUGUAGCGUCUACGCACUUGUAGGCCUACUGGUAUUCUGAUUACUUACGUCUGACCAAAGUUUUAAGAUUUUUUUCAACUCUGUGUUAAUCUAUCUUGCCCAGACGUCAUUGUAUUUUCUAGUUUAUUUUCGAAUUUUUGUUAAAUGUUAUUAUAUGUGAAAACCUUAAUGUCGCGUUAAAUGCCUAUAAGCCUGUAUAAUCCAAAGGGCGUGGCCGCAUAAACAUAUUGCUGCACUAGAUAAUACUGAAAAUCUACUUUUUCAUAUCAGUGCAUUCAGUGCACCCACAAAUGUUGUCUCAUGCAAGCUCUCGAUAAAGUCUUUGCGUAUAUAAAAAAUUAAUUAUUAUGAAAAUGUUUCAAAAGUGGAGGCCACUAACAUCUCGCACUUUGCAUUGGUCCCGCUUUGCCCAAUUUGCUCUGAAGAAUGAAACAGCGGCAUGCAUGCCUACAUAGCGUGCGGUUUGUCUUAAUUUUUUGAUGGUUUUUGAGUAAUUAUUUUAUACAUUAGUAUAGCGUUUUAAUGAGAAUGGAUAUUAUAUUCACUUUCAUUUUAUCUCUAUGACACUUGCUGCACCAUUUGAUAUGACUAAGAUUUUCAUUGUUGUAAAUAUCUUGUACAAAAUUAUUGUUUCGUCGCUUAAUUUACGCAUAUAAGAUUAUGUACUCACUUCAGCUAAUGGGAUCCAUGUUUUUUUUAAUCUGAAGAAAAACUUUAUCUCGUGUGAGUCCAUAGCUACGAUACCAAGAUGAUUUUAUUUGAGGUCAACAUAAUAGCUCAGUCAAUAACUGACCGAAACAACUCAGAACAUCAUAAUGUGUUCAAAAAAUAAUGUUGAUAUUUUUUGAUAAAACCGCUUCCUGUUUUUCGUGCAAUUCUAACUGUAAUGUCUGUCAAAUAUAUGCAAUGUGAUUUUUAUAUUUUUAUGUUAAUCAAUAUCAAUA